AUGGGAGAUCAGAACUGUGAGCAACAGAUCACUAAGCACUCGUACUUUCUUCGGGCCAAAGGGCCUCGAGCAAGCCCGCUCAAUAACGAGUUAGUCUCGGAUAACGAAGAGGAGGAGGAUCUUGCCAGCUGCCUCGUCAUGCUCUCCAACCACCAGCCGGGCAAGAAAGGGCCCGCCUUCCAAUGCAAGGCGUGCAAGAAAAUAUUCGCUUCCCACCAGGCGCUCGGCGGCCACCGGGCGAGCCACAAGAAGGUCAAGGGCUGUUUCGCGGCCCGGCCCGAAUCCGGCGGAGAUUCGGGCCGGGUCGAAGACGGUUUCCUCCGUGUGGCCCGGCCCGCUAAGAGGACGGAGAAGAUGCACGAGUGUUCGGUCUGCCGCCGGGUUUUCACCUCCGGGCAGGCCCUGGGAGGGCACAAGAGAAGCCACUGGCUGACGACGAACUCGGCAGACAAUGCUUUCGUCACGAGUUUUCAGUAUGACGAUGAUGACGAUGAUGAUGACCGCCAUAAGACGGUGUUCCUGCAUGCUCCGGAUCGUGACCGCCAGCUGGACCUCAACCUCAAUCUUCCGGCUGCACCGGAAAACAAGGGUCCGAAUGGAUUGGAGAGGAAUAAAGUGAGGAGGCUGAGUGAUUUACGAGACGUGAAGUACGGGGGAGGGUGGCUGCAGAUGGGGAUUGCAUCGUCUGCAGAAUUUUGA